AUGCAGCCCGCUGCCCGCCGGGGUCUUCUCGCGCUUGGCGGACGGCCUCCACGGUGUGGCCUGUUCUUGCUCCUGCUCCUGCAGCUGCUGCUGUGGCCCCUGGCCACCCGUGCCCGCACCAUUCCGCUGGCCACCUCCAGCGCCCUGACCAUGAUGGACAUCCCCAGCGACUCGGCCACGAUGGGCGCCUCUAGCGCUCCGACGAUGAUGGCCACCGCUAACGCCCCACACAUGAUGGGCACCUCCCGCACUCCCACUCUACGGGAGCGCGCCCGGGCCCUGAUGCGGGACUUCCCGCUCGUGGACGGGCACAACGACCUGCCUCUGGUCCUGAGACAGUUUUUCCAGAACAAGCUGCAGAAUGUGAAUCUGUACAAUUUCAGCAUGGGUCAGACCAGCCUGGACAGGCUUAGUGAUGGCCUUGUGGGUGCUCAGUUCUGGUCAGCCUAUGUGCCAUGCCAGACCCAGGAACGGGAUGCGGUGCGCCUCACUCUGGAGCAGAUUGACCUCAUUCGCCGCAUGUGUGCUGCCUACUCUGAGCUGGAGCUUGUGACCACAGCUGAAGGUCUGAACAGUACUCAAAAACUCGCCUGCCUUAUUGGUGUGGAGGGUGGUCACUCACUGGAUAGCAGCCUCUCUGUGCUGAGAAGUUUCUAUCUGCUGGGAGUACGCUACCUGAUGCUCACCUUCACCUGCAGCACACCCUGGGCAGAGAGUUCCACAAAAUUCAGACACCACUUGUACACCAAUGUCAGCGGGUUGACAAACUUUGGUGAGAAAGUGGUGGAGGAAAUGAACCGUUUGGGCAUGAUGAUAGACUUGUCCUAUGCCUCGGACACCUUGGUGAGGCGGACUCUGGAGGUGUCAAAGGCCCCUGUGAUCUUCUCCCACUCUGCUGCCAGGGCUGUGUGCAACAAUACACUGAAUGUUCCUGAUGAUAUCCUACAGCUUCUGAAGAAAAAUGGUGGCAUCGUGAUGGUGACACUGUCUAUGGGGAUUCUGCAGUGUGACCUGCUUAGCAACUUGUCCACCGUGGCAGAUCAUUUUGACCACAUCAGGGCAGUCAUUGGAUCUGAAUUCAUUGGGAUUGGUGGAAAUUAUGAUGGAUCUGGCAGGUUCCCUCAGGGGCUGGAGGACGUGUCCACAUACCCAGUGCUGAUAGAGGAGUUGCUGCGUCGUGGCUGGAGUGCAGAAGAGCUUCAAGGAGUCCUUCGAGGAAAUCUGCUGCGGGUCUUCAGACAAGUGGAGCAGGUGAGAGAUGAAAACAGUGGGAAGAGCCCUGUGGAGGUCCAGAUUCCUGACAGGCAGCUAAGCAGCAUCUGCCACUCCCACAUCCAGCCUCUGUCACCCGAUAAACACUCCGGCACACACCUGAAGGUGACCAAGCAGCCAUUCAGUCAGGACAUCUGGAGACCCUCCAAUUGCCCCCCAUGUCCCAUUCCAGGCCUUGUGGCUGCUGCUAUUCUCCCAGUCCUCAUCCUUGGGCUCUGGUGACCAUCAGUCCCUGCAGGAGUCACUGUUGCAAAGUCCCCCAAAGUCCACCCUCCCCCAGGUAUCCAGACUGCAGAACAUAGUUAGAAUAAAUAUUUGAGGCAUUAACCACAUAUGUGUCCUUUCUUCUUUGUGUUGCUCUUUGUUAGAAUGGGUCCUGCAGCCUAGGACCACUUGCUGAAGGUCCCCAGGAGGGGAGAGGCAGCUCAGCAAUUUUGUUUUCUGGUGGUCAUGGGGCUUGAACUC